GCUUCCGCUGGGUGUUCUCGGACUAGUUAUUUUUCUGAAUGUUUAUUUACUUUGACACGUACGCGGUACGACACGAGCAGUACCCGUUACUUUCACAUUCGACUAAUAACAACGAUAAUCCUACCGAUUGAUCUGUUGACACGCCAAACGCCGACUUUGUAAAAUCCGUCCCGCGACGCAAAACACGAGCAGAUAUGUAUUUCUCGGCAGUGUUAACAGUGCCUAACCUUUUGGACAUUGAUAAAUCUUGAGCGCACGUUCGAUCGACACCGAUCUCGAGAAUCGUGGUCGUUGGAAAGGAAAAGUUUCCAACGCUUUCGUUCGACAGCUGAAACCGUAUCGUUCUUGACGAUCACUAGGUUUUCGGUACGGAGUACAGCAACGUGUUUCGCGAUGCAAGAAACUGUCACGUGCAAAGGCUCCACGGAUCCGAAGACCUUCUUUCCUGCAAUCGAUGGAAAUCUCACGCGAAUAGUGUGGGCUCACGCCGUAAACAAUCAAUCGAAACUGAACGAAACGCUGAAAAAUGGCGACAUCAUGAUGCUGGAAGCUGACGUCUCGCUGGGUAACGUUACCGGUACCAAUUCGAUCGGUGUUCCGAUAAUGGCGCAUCCACCUGCCAAUACGAGCGAUCUGUCGCUCCAAGAUUUUCUCAAGAUGGUCGUCGAAAGUAACACCACCAAGGGUAUCAAACUCGACUUUAAGUCUGUCGAGGCAUUCGAAGCGAGUAUCCCUAUCUUGGAAAAAAAGAAAAACGACCUCUCGUUCCCGGUAUUCAUAAACGCGGACAUACUCCCUGGACCGGUGAACGCAACUACUACAGCGGUGGAUGCAAAGUCCUUCCUGAGCAAAGCCAAAGCAUUCCCGAAUUACACGUUAUCCGUCGGCUGGACUACGAGGUACGGAGGCGAGACGAACAUCACCAAAGGUGGGUACACGCAGGAGCAAAUCGAAAGUAUGAUGAACGUCCUGAAGGAAGAAAACGUGACGCAGCCGAUAACUUAUCCCGUAAGAGCUGGUCUAGUCGCGAACGACAUCGAUGCGAUCGAGUUGCUGAUGAAGCAGAGCCACAGCCAAAACAACGCGACGUUAACCAUCUGGUCGAGCGAUGGCGAUCUAGUGAAUGCAGAGCGAUUGUCUGCGUUGAUCAAACGUAUCGGAACCGAUAAGGUGUACGUUGACGUGCCGGAUGAUCUAAAGAAGAGACUCGAUCUCUCGGGAGCCUCUAGCGUCGGAAUCGCGUCUACGACGAUCGCGGUGUCUCUAUUGAUCGGAACGCUUCUUUCGACUAUCACGACAACGGUUUAAAUGUAAAUCAUCGGUCGCGUAAACUGGAGAAAUUUCAGAAUCGGACUCGCAUUUAUUUCCGUCUCCUCGAGAUAGAUUUCUCGUUAAAGAGAACGAAACUUCGCGCAUCGGCGAGGUAACGAAUCAAAAGUAUCAUCGAAAGCGUAACGAUCGUCCUCCGAUCGACCGUUUUCUCCGCUAUCUAUUUUUUAGUGUGUGAACUUAUUCGCGAGACAUUUUUCUUCAUAAUUUAAGAGAGCUUUCUUAGACUAUCACGAUCACGACCAAAAUAAUUUUGCUUCUUAAUCGAACGGAUAUAAUAGCGCACUUUUCUCGUUUCCGAACACGGUAAUUCGUCUUUUUACCUUGUUGGCACGCUUUAUAGAUUCGUCCCGUAUGAUUUUCGACGUGGAACUAAUAGGAUAGAGUAAGAUAAUAGAAGAAUAUCGUAAUUAAGGUAAAGAGCAAAUGUUUCCAUAGUUCUGAUAAGCGAACUUGCGUAUACGCAUCCGUCGUCGUCGGUGUCGGCGUCGGCUUCGAGAGGAAAUGUAACUGAAAGAAUCGCGAUGUGUUUCGAAUAGAUGGUAGGUACGCGUUACGCGUUAACAAUAGUGUAUCGGCUAUGCGAACCGCUUACGCCGCGCGCCGUCUUGCAAACUUGAAAACAUAAUCACACUUUUUUUGCUGAAACACUUUGAUACUAUGCGAUUAGAAAAGAUUUAAUGAGCGACAGAAAAUUCAGAUAAGAACGUCGCGUUUACGUGGUCUCGCGUAUCGUUGCCGUCGGCACGCGAGAAUAACCAUAACGAAUCGGCGAUAGACGAUCGAAGCGUACAAGUGGGUUCGUUCUUCUCGCGUGCCAACGGUAAUUUAAAAUAGUUGAGCAAAUAUUUACAUUGUAUUAUUCGAAUUGAUUCCGUUGGAAUAAAUUUACUCGAAACCGAUGACGCGAUCAACGUUUGUCGCGAGUAGAGCGGUAUGGAAUUUAUUAAUCGAGAAUCGAUCAAGGCCACCGAUCGCGAUCGUACGCUUGCGACUUUCUUCGCGAAAACGAGUAAUCGAGUAAUAUAAUACCUCUUCAUAAUUCAACGACAUAUCUCCUGUACCUGUCUUCUACGAAUAUCUGACAUAGAAAAGCGAUAUUAAUAUUUACGCGUAAUCCGUGCGACGCGUAUAUCUGUAAGCCAAAGGAUUUGCAUGGGGUGUAAUACGGUGCCGGUGCGCCACAUUUGAUAACUAAACAAUAAAAUCAUGUCCAACGA